CUCUCUCUCUCUCUUAUUCUCUUACAUGUGUAUACAUAUAUAUAUAUAUAUAUACACACACACACACACAUCAACACAAUUAUCAUAGUGGGGAUUACCUCUUUACAGUUGGGGUCUGCUCUACUUUCAGGAUUCAGCAGCUAUCGAUCGUUAUUUGCCAACAAAAACCCUUUUGUUGUUCGAGAUUGGUGGUCUUAGGACCAAAAGGAGAGCAGUAGCGUUGUUGUCGCAGUCUUGCAGGAGCACAACACCAGCUUCUUGUGUUCCGGGCCGCGGCACUUGUGGUUGUCGCUCGUGUCGCUCCUGGCCUCUGAUUGACAUUUGUCAGAGACUUUGUUUUGUUUUUUUAAUCUAUUACACACCCUUCUCUUUCUCCUAUCCCACACCUUUCCUUCUUCCGCCAAUCUAUCUUUAUUUACCUCUUUGCCGACCUCCCAAUACAGAGCACUUGAAGAGUUUUUUUGGGUUUGUUUUGUUAUGUGCUCAAAGGUGUGGAAUUGACCUCUGAGGUGUUUCAUUGGCCACAAUUUUAGGGAGGGUCGGUGAUAUUGUUGAAUUUCACUGUUGCUUUGCAUUGAAGCCGAGGUACAGUCUUCGAACCUUGGCGCUUUUAUAUUUGUUUCUGUAUUUGAUUAUUCCAGAACUUCCGCAUUUUGGGGUAUUAGAUUGUUUUUUUUAUCCUAUCUUAUGAUUAGAACGUGUGAAAAACGGUUGUCAUUGGUGAUCUCUUGGGUUUGGUAGUUGGUUCCCCGUACUUGCCCAUACUUUGUAGUUUGUAAAUUACAUAUGAAUAGUGGAUUUGCAAGCUGUGGGUAGCCAUUGUUUUGAAUAAUUAGGGAGUGAAACUCGGUCCGUGAAUAAGGGCUUUGUUGGAUAUUUAAAGGGUUGUAAGCACUGCUUUGAUUGCUCUGAGGGAGUGUAAGAGGAGUUGUUUUUUAUGUGGAAUAUUGAUAUUGAGUACAAGACAUGCUGAGCUCUAAUGAGGGAGAAAUUGAUGUAUUCUUUGACUCGGUGGAUCAUUUGUCGUCUGAAGAGUUUGUAGCUAAAGAAGAGUUAAAUUAUGUACAUUUAGAGUAUGGUAUUUGGAUGAAUGAGCCAGUAAGUGUUAAGGAAAGGCGGGAGAGUUUUUUACGUGGAAUGGGUUUAGUUGAAUCUGCUUCUUCUAAGAUUUGUGCUGAGGAGAAGGGCUCAUCAGAGAUGGUGGGAUUGGAGAGGGUUACAGAAUGUAGUGGAGCGGUCUCCAGCUCUCGCAUUUCAUCUACCGAUUGUGCAGAGGAAAAUUUGGUUUGUUGUGGAAGAGAUGGUGGCAAUCAAGCAAAUGCCAUGUUUGAUGAAUUGGAAGGAAAAAAAGAAGACAAAGAGAAAUUAGUUCUCAAUGGGCAGCAUGCUUUGCUUUCAACAUCUACUCAAGAAUAUAAGAACUUGGAUUUGGGUAAAAGGAAGUUGAAAAGUUGGUUAAAAAGCUUCGUGAACAAGACGAAGAGAAGAGGAGAUACUUUUGCAACUGAGGUAUCAAAACCAAAUUCUAAAAUGGCUGUGAUAAAUAGAAUGAAGGUGUGGCAGAACAAGAAGGGGUACUCGGAGCUUACUGCUCUUUAUAGUGAGCAAGAGAUUCGUGCACACAAGGGCUUAAUUUGGACAAUGAAGUUUAGUCCAGAUGGCCAGUAUCUAGCAAGUGGUGGCGAAGAUGGGGUUGUACGUAUUUGGCGCGUUACAUCAGCCAGUGCCUCUUAUAAUUAUCCAAUGGUUAAAGACGAUUUUGGCGUAAAAGUGAAGGGAGGCAAGUCCAUUUUUUGGGGAAAGAUGACAAAACAUGCCACAAUUGUCAUUCCUGAAAACGUUCUUCACAUUGAAGAAUCGCCGCUGCAAGAAUUUCAUGGCCAUUCUAGUGGCGUCUUGGACUUGUCUUGGUCCAAUUCGAAUUGUCUGCUUUCAUCGUCCAAGGAUAAAACUGUUUGUCUGUGGCAAGUGGGUUGCAACCAAUGUUUAAAUGUUUUUCGGCACAAUGAUUACGUGACAUGCAUUCAGUUCAAUCCAGUUGAUGAAAAUUACUUCAUCAGUGGCUCCAUAGAUGGAAAGGUUCGAAUUUGGGGAGUGUCUGAGAAGCGAGUUGUUGACUGGGUCGAUAUGCGGGAUGUUAUAACUGCUAUAUGUUACCAGCCAGAUGGGAAUGGGUUCAUUGCUGGUUCUAUAACAGGCACUUGCCAUUUCUAUGACGCAUCAGGGAAACAUCUCAAACUCGAUGCACAGAUACGUAUUCAGGGUAGAAAGAGAGCUUCUGCCAAUAAAAUAACUGGCAUUCAGUUUUCCCAGGAAAGAUCUCAGAGAGUUAUGAUAACAUCAGAAGACUCCAAACUUCGUAUUUUUUAUGGGAUUGAUAUCGUUCACAAAUUUAGAGGUCUUCCAAGGUCAGGAAGUCAGAUGUCAGGUUCAUUUACUUUAAGUGGGCAACAUAUAGUCUCAAUUGGAGAGGACUCGCGUGUUUAUGUCUGGAACUAUAACGGGUCGUGCAUCCCAUUGUCAAGACACAAAAAAUCUGUGCAUUCUUGUGAGCAUUUCUUCUCUGAAGGUGCAACUGUUGCAAUACCUUGGUCAGGCAUGGAAACAGGACUGAGGAGCUCAUGGAGUGCUAGUCCUGAGUAUUGCUCACAAGAACAGAACCGCAUAGAGGCUGAUUCUUGGAUCACAGAUUCGGAACGUUUUUCUCUUAGUAAUUGGUUCUCUAUGGAUGGCUCAUGCAAGGGCUCUGCAACUUGGCCGGAGGAGAAACUUCCUCUGUGGGAUGUACCAGUUUCAGAAAAUGAAUAUCAUUAUCAGCACCAUGAAGGCCAUCAGCAACAGCACUGCAAUAAUGCCCAAAAACGAAUAGCUAUAUCAGACACGUGGGGGCUCGUGAUUGUGACGGCUGGACGGGAUGGAACAAUCAGAACAUUCCACAACUAUGGAUUGCCCAUCAGGCUCUAGGUCUUGCAUUACCCUUGAAGAAUUUCCAGUUGUGAGCCACCUCGCCAUAGACUCGGGUCAUUUAGUUGGAAGCAUUAGAAACUUUGAAGUUUACGAGGAUGUAAUCAGGCGUGAGUUCUUAAUAGUCAGCCUAUAUUUCCCUAACCUUAUCCACAUCAAAAUUUCCUAGAAUUACAAAUCUUCUAACAUGUUUCACAAGUUUGUAGAUUUGCACUCUUUGGCCAAUGUCAAAAUAGAUUAUAGGGUCUAGGAGGGCAAGCCAUGCAGUUUUUCAUUUUUCAACCCUUUUUCCCCCUUCUGUGAAUGAUACCUGAUGCAUAGAACGACACAAUAAAGAUAUACAACUGAAUCUUUUGGCUACUCUAAGCUGAUGUCUGAUCCAAUGGAAAUAAUAAGCUUUUGUUAUGUUUUCUUCUCUUCUAGUUAUAGUC